AUGCCCUGGGGCAGCACCCAGGACUUCACCACCCUGAUCCCUGAGAAUGAGGCAGAUGUCUUCAAGUGAGUGAUCUGGAAGGAGUUCCAGGAGCUGCACAGGUACAUUGGUGAGGAGAAGGUCACCUUCUUGGAGAGCACCGAGGGGAAGGCAGCCCAGCUCAUCAGCUCCAUUGAGUCCCAGGUUAAGCAGACAUCAGAUGCCCUGCAGAGGCUUACAGAGAUGCAGAGCUCUCCAGAGGCCCUCAGCAAUGAAAACCAGCUUGAUUCCAUCCAGAAAUACAGCUCCUCCCAGUUCAGGUCAGAGCUCAACAGCUUGCACACCAGUGAUGGCAUCUUUAGCCCCAUGUCCUUCAAGCCAUGUUUCCACCAAGAUGACAUCAAGAGGACUGUGUGGAAGCUCCUGCACUGCCGUGUCCUGCCAGGUACCAACCUACUGAAGCUGGACCCAGUGACAGCACAUCCCCUCCUGGAGCUCUUCAGGGGGAACACAGUAGUGCAGUGUGGGCUCUAUCAGUGCCGGGACAGCAACCCCAAGCGUUUCAAUGCCAGCAACUGCAUCCUCACCUCCAAAGGCUUCUCCUGUGGCCUCCAGCACUACUGGGAGGUGAUUGUGGGCACCAGGAAGCACUGGGGUGUGGGCAUCAUCAAAGGCACGGUCAGCCACAAAGGGAAGCUCAGCAGGUCUCCUGAGAAUGGUGUGUGGCUCACAGGCCUGAAGGAAGGGAAGAUCUAUGAGGCCUUCAGCACCCUGUGGGCCACCCUGCCCCUCACCAGCCAGCCCCAGUGCCUUGGCAUCUACCUGCACCACGAGAAGGGAGAGCUCCCCUUCUACAGUGCUGACAACCCCAACGAGGUCAGCCCCAUCUACACCUUCCAGGCCAAGUUCAAGGGUCAGCUCUACCCCAUCGUGGACCUGUUCUGGUCAGAGCGAGGCCCUGCUUCCCCCCCCAUCAUCCUGCCAGUGCCUGCUGCCAGCCAGCAUCCCCGGGCACCAGACACACACCCUGCCCCAGAGGAACCCACCAAGCCACAGCCCAGCUGGAGGGAUGAGGCUGGGGCUGGAGGGCUGGGGCUGUCCCGAGGCUGCAGCAGGGGACAGUCAGGGUUGUCCUGA